AUGGACAGCCCCUUGAAACCAGCAGAACUCCAGGUCCUUCGGGCACAGUACGAGAAAGAGGGCGACUACGUCGGCGUCCAGACCAAAUUCAACUAUGCCUGGGGCUUAAUAAAAUCGAACGCCCGGCCUGAGCAGCAAGAAGGAACCCGACUGCUCUCUGAGAUAUUCAGAACAGCUCCCGAGCGGCGACGAGAAUGCCUCUACUAUCUUGCCCUGGGCAACUUCAAGCUGGGAAACUACGGCGAGGCCAGGAGAUACAACGACCUCCUCCUAGAACACGAGCCGAAUAACCUGCAGUCCGCGAGUCUGCGGACGUUGAUCGAUGACAAGGUCGCCAAAGAAGGGCUUGUAGGAGCUGCUAUCAUCGGUGGUGUCGCCGUGGCCGCGGGCCUGAUCGGAGGGCUCAUCAUGAGGGGAGCCAGGAAGCGAUGA